AUGGGAAUUUUAAGAGGGUACAGUAAGAAGGGGGAAAUUAGUAUGUUUAUGUCAUCAUUUUUUACGAAAGCAUUUUUGCUUAUUGCUUCAGUAUGGAAUUUGGAACCUUUAUUUGAUGAUAACAUCAAUAAAAUCUUAUUAGACAAACAAUGUAAAGUCCAGGAUGUAUUAAAUUUUAAAGAUAACAGAUCCUUAGCAGAAGUUGGAAGCAAGUUUCAAAGCAUGAACGAUGAUUUUUGUGAACAUAUAACAGAUGGAAUCAACAAGAAUGACUUUGAUUAUUUUCACAAUGUACGACAAUUAACGAAUUCAUAUUAUGAUCAGAAGAAAUUUCCUCAUUUUGAAAGUCCUAAUUAUUUUGUUUUUCAAGGUAAUAAAUUCCCAUCCUAUAAUCAUGGUAAUUGUCCAAAUUUCCAAGAUAAUGAUGAUUCACCAUUUGAUGGUGAUGAUGAUCCAUCUUUUGAAGAUGCCAAUUACCCAAACUUUGAAAACAGAAAUUACUCAAGCUGGCAAGGAAGUAAUUAUUCACUCGCGCAACGUAAUGACUGUUCUCCUUCUCCUCGAAAUAACUAUACUCCGACGCAACGAUAUGAUUAUCCUCAUGCGGAAAGAAAUGAUUACCCAUCCUUCGAAUAUUCUAAUUUCCCAAAUUAUGAUAAAAUGUAUUUCACACAUCCUAAUGAUGAUUAUAUGUCCGAUGAAGAUGAUGAUGAUGAAGAUGAUGAUAAUAAUUAUUAUUCACAGAUUAUUGACAAUGAACACACAUCUUUUAAAAAUAAAGAUAUAUCCCAUUUGAAAGAUUUUUACACAGUUACAAAGAAUAAUGAUUAUGACCAUAUAAAAGGAAAAUUAGUGAAAAAAAAAAAUUCUGAUAUAGAAAAACAUUUUGACGCGUAUUAUAAAAAACAUGACAAGAAAAUUUCAAAAAAAAUACCGUUUUUAUCAACGCUAUUUUUUGUUGGUAGCGUAGCAUUAUCUGCUAUGGAAUAUGUAAUAGUUCCCAUUAUAUUGAGUGUCAUAUCAUUUGUACUAACUUCUUAUUAUAUUAAAAAAUUAAAAGGCAGAAAGAGAAAAAAAAAAAAAUUAAAACGUAUGUAUAUGAAAUGA